CUUUAAUUGCUGUGUGAUACUGGACAUCAGCAUCAAAAUGGGCAAUGAGAACAGUAGUGCAGAAAAUCAGAGCACUCCACAAGAUUCAGAAUUAGGCCAACCUCCUGGUGAUGGGCACGGUUUACAAAGGAGCCCUCAGGAAAACAACAUAGAAAGAUCUGGAGGUCAGGACAUCUCAGAUCUUCUUCCUGCUGCUGUGCAACUGGCUGAGAGCAUAUCCCCAUCAAUUCCAGGACCUACAAGCCCUCCUGGGCGAGGUGAUGAUAUACAGUUGGCUUCUCCCCUUGAUCCUUCUGAGCGACCCUUAGCUGUUUCUGCGGCAUAUGGAAAUGUUGACGCCGUGGAUGCUGCUGAGCUGACUGCAGCAAGCACUUCGAAGUCUGAUAGCUGCAAAGAAGUUGAUAACCUCGUUUCUGAGGAUGUACCUUUGGCUGCGGCCCCUGGUGAUGGUGUAGAACUGCCUGCUCAAGAAACUGAAGGUUUCACAAGGGAAAAAAAGAGGAGCUCUGACUCUGAAGAAGCAUUUGAGACCCCGGAGUCCACUACACCGGUAAAGGCACCACCUUCACCUCCGCAGCCACCCCCCGAAGCGGCGGCGGCAGCAGCAGUUGUAGCAGACAUAGCAGAACAGGAAACAAAACCCCAGCUGCCCUUGGAAGACACAGGAUUAUGUUCAGAAGCUGUACCUGUAACUGAUGUGUCACACAGUGAAUCAGUUGAAGAAAGCCCUUUCCGCCCCCCUUCCCAUUCUUUUUCCACUGUCUUCGAUGAGGACAAGCCAAUAGCCAGCAGUGGAACUUACAACUUGGACUUUGAUAACAUUGAGUUGGUUGAUUCUCUCCAUGCCUUAGGACCGAGCUCUCCGGAAUCAAAGAAUCGUGACCCCAAAGCAAAUGUUCGAAGAAAAUCUACUGAUUCAGUCCCAGUUUCCAAAUCUACAUUGUCUCGAUCUCUUAGCUUGCAAGCUAGUGAUUUUGAUGGAGCAUCUUAUCUUGGCAACAGUGAGACAUUAGCACCUGCUGCAGAUGUGUACAGUACUGGUUCAAGUAGUGCUUCUAGUACCCUUAAGAGAACAAAGAAAUCCAGACCAGCUUCCUUAAAAAAGAAGCAGUCAGCAAAAAAAUCUCUGGAUGCUCCACCAGUGAAGGAAACACCACAAGAACCGUCUGACCUUGGCCAAGUGGCUUGUGUCCCAGGUGAGGAUAAAACAGUAUCUGAAGCGAAGGCUGACUCAGUAAAGCCUGAAUGUACUGAACCUUCUAAAAUCUCUGCUGAGAAACAGGAGGCCCCGCCUGUGCCUGAAGGAUCCUACUCUUUGGAUCCAGAUAGUUUUGAAGGGAUUAGUGCAUUUAGCACCGGAGGCAGCAAAGUACAAAACUCUCCCCCUGCCAAUAAGAAAACACUACCUCUUACAACGGCACCAGAGGCUGUGGAGGUGACUCCGCCUGACACUGGAGGACAAGAAGACCCUCCGGUCAAAGGCAUUGCGGUGAGGCUGGAGUUUGAUUACUCUGAAGAAAAAGGGGUGAGUGAAGACCAGCAGGAGAGUACUCCUCCUCCCAAAAAAACAGGUAAAAAGCCUGGUGCUAAAAUGCCACUACGGAGGCCAAAGACUAAAAAGUCAGUGGAAAAGCUUGACAAUGCUCCAACCACACCGACCAAGUCACCCACUGAUCCAAAUGAAAUCCCUAUCACAAAAGGCUCUUACACUUUUGAUAUUGACAAGUGGGAUGAUCCCAAUUUUAACCCGUUCUCAUCUAGUACAAAAAUGCAAGAAUCGCCCAAACUGCCUCAACAAACGUACAGUUUUGAGCCAGACAUGAGUGAGGACUCUAUUGACCCUUUCAAGUCUUCUUCUAAGAUAGCCAGCUCGCCCUCUAAAUCUCCAGCUUCCUUUGAGAUACCAGCCAGUGCCAAUGAAACAAACGGAACCGAAGGAGACAACUUGAAUAAACCUGCAAAAAAGAAGAAGACGCCACUAAAAACGAUGGUAGAAGAUGUGAUGUCUGUAUGUUCUCUGUUUGAUACAUUUAGGGUGAAAAAGUCACCAAAAAGAUCCCCACUAUCUGAUCCUCCUUCUCAGGAUCCCACUCCACUGCCUACUCCAGAAACACCUCCCGUCAUAUCCACAGUGGUUCAUGCGACAGAUGAGGAGAAACUGGCGUCUUCAGUGACCAGUCAGAAAUGGACCUGCAUGACUGUGGACCUGAACACGGAUAAGCAGGAUUACCCACAACCAUCUGAUCUGUCCACAUUUGUUAAUGAGACUAAGUUCAGCUCUCCUACAGAGGAAUUGGAAUAUGGCAACUCAUAUGAAAUAGAAUAUAUGGAGAAAAUAGGCUCCUCUGUGCCUCAGGAUGAUAGCACCCCGAAGAAACAAUCUUUAUACCUAAUGUUUGAUGCACAGCAGGAGAGCCCAGUCAAAUCACCUCCCAUCAGGCUGUCUGAUUCCACAACACCAUGCUCAGGGUCAAGUUUUGAAGACCCUGAAGCCCAGCAAUCCUCUGGAAUGAAAAUACAACAUCCAGCUUCGCGAGUCCUAGCUGCCAGCCAAGAGGCACACUUACAGUCACCUGACAAGUCAAAGCAGAAAGACCUAGAGCCCAUGACCCUAGGAACAACUCCAGAGGCUAUUGAAAUAACAUCUCCUGAAGACUCCUUUGUCUCUGCUGAUGCUCUUCUCAAUAGGAUAUCUAAGAAAACCUCAAUAUGUGAUCAGCCUGAAUAUCUAGAUCCUGACUUAGCAGAAAAGAACCCCCCAGUAUUUGCUCAGAAACUUCAGAGAGAACCUGCUAUCCCAGCAGAUGUUUCCAUCUCUAAAAGUGCACUGUACUCCCGGAUUGGCGCCUCGGAUGCAGAAAGCACCAUGGGUCUUCUCUACCCCCAGCAAGACUUAGACUCUGCACUACGACUCGCCAGAGCAGAGAUUGUGGCCAAGGAAAAAGAAGUAUCUGAGUGGAAAGAGAAAUAUGAAGAAAGCAGAAGGGAAGUGAUGGAAAUGAGGAAAAUAGUUUCAGAAUAUGAGAAGACGAUUGCUCAGAUGAUAGAGGAUGAACAGAGAGAGAAAUCCGUCUCCCAUCACACCGUUCAGCAGCUGAUAGUGGAGAAGGAACAAGCUUUGGCAGAUCUGAACUCAGUGGAGAAAUCCCUGGCAGAUCUUUUCCGGAGAUACGAAAAAAUGAAAGAAGUAUUGGAGGGGUUUCGGAAGAAUGAAGAAGUGUUAAAGAAAUGUGCGCAGGAAUAUUUAUCACGAGUAAAGAAGGAAGAGCAGAGGUAUCAAGCACUCAAAAUUCACGCUGAGGAAAAACUGGACAGAGCCAAUGCUGAAAUUGCACAAGUGAGAGGCAAGGCUCAGCAAGAGCAAGCAGCGUAUCAGGCCAGCCUUCGUAAAGAGCAGCUGAAAGUGGAUGCAUUGGAAAGAACACUGGAACAAAAGAAUAAAGAGAUAGAAGAAUUAACAAAGAUUUGUGAUGAACUGAUUGCCAAAAUGGGGAAAAGCUAACUUUUAACCAAAUUUCUGGACUUCAAUAUUGAGUGCAAUAUGACCAUUGGCACACUGAUGUCCAUACAUUUAUGUGGACAGGUUAUAUUUUCACUUUUUCGUAUGCACUACUGUAUUUUCUUUCUAAAUAAAGUUGAUUUAAUUGUAUGCAGUACUAAGAUGACUAUCAGAAUUUCUUGCUAUUGUUUGCAUUUUCAUAGUAUAAUUCAUAGCAAGUUGAUCUCAGAGUUCCUGUAUCAGGGAGAUUGUCAAGUUCUCUAAGAAAUUACAAAUUGCUGAUCCUAGCCUUCCCUUUGUACAUGAGUUCCCAUGUUGGAUGUCUUUUGGAUUUAAUAUAAACAUGUAUUACUUGCAUGGGGACUCUUGCCUUAAGGAGUGUAAACUUUAUCUGCAUUUGCUGAUUUGUAAAAUAAAAUUAAAAAUGAAAAAAAAUGAAAAUGCAUGUCACUUAAAUGAAAUUCUCUAUUGUAAAUAAAUUUUUUCGUUGAAA